AUGUCGGGUCGGCAACUCGCGAGGCGCACACUUAACGCGCUCGGCGCUGAUUUUGCCGCUUACGUCGGUCUCAAACAGUGUUCGAAUGGAAUCUUCUUUCGAACGGUUGAGCUUUCCUCGUCCUCUUCGCCCCGGGCGGCGGAAUUCUCCUCCUCCUCUUCCUCCUCCUCCUCCUCGAAAUUAACGAAACCAAUCAGCACUCGCGGAGCGUUCUCGACGUCUUCACAGCUCGCGGCGCCAGCCGCAUCGAACGCAAAAAGAGUUCUCGGAGAAGUGCGAAAUAAUUGGACGAAAGAAGAGAUUAGAGAGAUGUACAGCCGGCCUUUAUUAGAGCUCGUGUUCGAUGCGGCGACCGUCCAUCGGAUGCACCACGACCCCAAACAAGUGCAACAGUGCACGUUACUUUCUAUAAAAACUGGAGGGUGCCCGGAAACGUGCAACUAUUGCGCGCAAUCUUCCUCGUGGAAGAAAGAAACAGAACUUAAAGCAGAGAAAUUGAUGCAAAUUGAUGACGUUUACGAGGCUGCAAAACGGGCAAAAGCUGCGGGCUCGACGCGGUUUUGUAUGGGCACGGCUUGGCGGGGACCUUCCCAAGUCGGUGAAGGUCAAUUUGAACGCGUACUUACGAUGACUAAACAGGUAAAGGAUUUGGGAAUGGAAGUGUGCGCAACAUUAGGCAUGCUCACGCCGGAUCAGGCCGUGAAAUUAAGAGAAGCUGGGUUGACUGCUUACAACCAUAAUUUAGACACGUCCCCUGAGUAUUAUCCAAAAGUUACUUCUUCGCGCAAGUACGAAGAUCGCCUGAAUACCAUAGCUGCAGUUCGCGACGCUGGUAUAUCUGUAUGCUGCGGCGGAAUUCUCGGUUUAGGGGAGGAAGAGUCUGAUAGAGCGUCUUUGAUGCACGUUUUAGCAAGUUUACCGGAACAUCCAGAGUCCGUUCCUAUCAAUGCUCUGGUCCCGGUCAAAGGAACGCCCUUCGAAAAUCUUUCUGCUCCGUCAGGCUUGGAAAUGGUUCGAGCAAUUGCGGUUGCACGCAUUUUAAUGCCGAGAACUGUCGUCCGAUUAUCGGCUGGGAGAAUCAACAUGUCCGACGAGACUCAGGCUAUGUGCUUCUUGGCUGGAGCCAACUCUGUUUUUACGGGAGAUAAGUUACUUACGACCCCGAAUAACGACGACAACGAAGAUUCUGCCUUGUUCAAAGAGUUAGGCUUGGAGGGGAGACCUGCUUUUGUUCCUUAUGGCGCCGGCGGGAAAAGUUCGGAUGGAUCAGAAUGGGAAAAGAAUGGGAAAAAGCAAGAGCAAAAUGUCGCGUGA